AUGACGGACCGCGGAAAUGAUAAGGUCGUCGCAAACGACGAUGAUGCUGACGUCAUCAUGGCUCCUGAUGUUCGAUUGGCUCCAGAGCUCGCGUACAUCCUCCCCCCUCCCCCUGAGGACCAACCCACACCAGAUACCACCUCCCCCUCUCCCUCCUCCCCUCCCUACCUCCUCCUCGUCGCCCCCGGCGGCUUCAUCCCCGCUCUCUCCUACCUCCCUGUCAUCCGCGCUAUAAGAUCCGCUGCCCCCUCCUCUCUACGCACGCGCCUGUGGGUGGCCGUACUGAAGGAAAUUACCGCAUUGGAUCCCGAGAAAGGGAGAGCGUGGGCGCGGGACGGGUAUGAGGCGGCGGUAGCAGCGAUAAAGGAGAUGGGUGCGGAUGUGACAAAUAGGGGCAGCACCUCGCGCGUGUUUGUGCUGGGACACAGCAUCGGAUCAUUUCUUAUGACAGCAGUGGUGCGAGAGAAAUGCCUGGCGCUCAUCAGCAUUGGAGCCUCACACAACAGCCUAGAGACCUCCUUCCUGCAAUUCCCAAGGCCCACGCUCACCAUUCUCGGUGACAGGGACGGCCAGGCUCCUCCCAUUGCUAUGGCACUGGCAGUCAAGGAGCUGGACCCUGGAUCCUCAGGUGCCCCAGGUGAUUUUUCAGGUGAUUCUUCAGGUGGUUCUUCUGUUGCUGCUGAUGCACCUGGCACGACAGCAGCAGCGCUGGGGCCACUGCUGUCCAUAGUGCAGAAACCGUUUGUGAUUAUAAAGGGCAUGAAUCAUGCGCAGGGGGGGAACGGGGUGGUGAACCGAGAGAGGGGUGACCUGGAGGCGUCUCAACCAAUCAAGGAGGUGCGGGAGGAGAUUGGGCGGCUGGUUUUGGCGUUUAUGCUGCUGCACCUGCACUCGGGGAACGGCUGGGCUCCGAUGCUGUUGGCGGGUAGGGAGGGGGUUAGUGGAGGAGUGGGAGGGGAGGGAGGGGAGGGAGGGGAGGGAGGGGAGGAGGAGCAUAUGGCUGAGACACAGCGUAGUGCGGUGAAGGUGCUGCAGGGGGCUGUGGAGUGGUCGUUGGAGUACCUGCGACCAGUGUGGAGGGCCCUGGAGAUGGAAAGGGGCGAGCCUCACCACGUGCUGGACGCCAUCCUCUCCCACGCAGGCCUCCCCACCACUCUCCCCUCACACACCAUCUUCCACGCCUUCCUGCCCGACUUCCUCCGGUCCAAGCCCGCCCUCCUCCUCGCCUCACAGGAAAGCCCGUUCCAAAGUAAUUCCUCUCUGGGGGGCUCCUCUCAGGACGGCUCCUCCUCGCCUUCUACCGUGCUGCAGUCUGCAUGGCUGCAAUCGCAGGGUAAGUUCUGGCCGUGCCAGCCGCACACCCUGUGGGUCAAGUGCAAGAGCGCUGCUGCUAUCAGGGAGGCUCUUGGCUUGGAGCUUGCUGGGGUAGAGGGAGACGCAGCAGUGACGCCUGUAGGAGCAGCAGGAACAGAAAAGCCCUCUCUUGAAGCGGCGUUUUCGGCAUGGGCGGCAGCGGCGCCAAUGGAAGUGCGCCACGUGGCGGCGUCGAUUAACGAGGCAGCGAUGCAGCGGGCUCUGGAGAUGGUGCACCCGCAUGCGAGAGAGAGGUAUGAGAGAGACGGGAAGAAGGUGGUGUUUGGGGAGGACAGGAUCGUGCCUAUCGAUCAGUGGAUCAAAUCUGAUGUGGAGUGGUCAUUUAAGGAGGGCAUGGAGGGAGAUAAGGGGGAUGAUAAGGAAGGAGGAGUAAUUGGAGGGAGAGGGGUUGUGGUGGUGAGGUCUCCUGUUUUGAUUACUGCUGAUGAGAUUCUUCCUGUGGAGUUGAAGGGGAGGUUUGGGGGAAUGCACUAUGUGAAGGUGAUCACUCUCGCAUACAUCCUUCCCCCUCCACCUGAGGCCCAACCCACACCAGAUACCACCUCCCCCUCUCCCUCCUCCCCUCCCUACCUCCUCCUGGUCGCCCCCGGCGUAUUCAUCCCCGCGCUCUCCUACCUCCCUCUCAUCCGCGCUAUAAGAUCCGCCGCUCCCUCCUCUCUACGCGCGCGCCUGUGGGCGGGCGUACUGAAGGAGAUCACAGUGUGUUGUGAAGGGGGGCCUGGGCCUGGGAGUGAAGAUGCUAGUCGGGCACAAGUGCUGAGUGAAGAUGCUAGUCGGGCACAAGUGCUGAGUGAAGAUGCUAGUCGGGCACAAGUGCUGAGUGAAGAUGCUAGUCGGGCACAAGUGCUGAGUGAAGAUGCUAGUCGGGCACAAGUGCUGAGUGAAGAUGCUAGUCGGGCACAAGUGCUGAGUGAAGAUGCUACAACCGACUCUCACACUGCCUGCCUCUGUUUCUCUCCCCCUCCCUCCCGCUUCACCUCCCCAUUCAGCGUGGGAGCGUUGCUCAUGACCUCAGUGGCUCCCCCCAUCACCAUGGCGCUAGCAGUCAAGGAGCUGGACCCUGGAUCCUCAGGUGCCUCUUCAGGUGAUUCUUCAGGUGGUUCUUCUGUUGCUGCUGCGCCUGGAAGCGCAACAGCAGCAGCGCUGGGGCCACUGCUGUCCAUAGUGCAGAAACCGUUUGUGAUUAUAAAGGGGAUGAAUCACGCGCAGGGGGGGAACGGGGUGGUGAACCGAGAGAGGGGCGACCUGGAGGCGUCUCGACCAAUCGAGGAGGUGCGGGAGGAGAUUGGGCGGCUGGUUUCGGCGUUUAUGCUUCUUCACCUGCACUCGGAGAACGGCUGGGCGCCGUUGCUGCUGGCGGGCGACAGAGGGUCGAGUGGUGGAGUGGGAGGGGAGGAAUUGGAGGAGAGUGCGGUGGCGCUGCUGCAGAGGGCAGUGGAGUGGUCGUUGGAGUACCUGCGACCAGUGUGGAAGGCCCUGGAGAUGGAAAAGGACGAGACUCACCAUGUGCUGGACGCCAUUCUCUCCCACGCAGGCCAUCCCCAGCCCCCUCCUCACACACCACCUUCCAUGCCUUCGUACCACACUCAACCCAUUCACGUUCCCCUCCUCUCCCACACCUUCCCACAGGACGCCAUUCUCUCCCACGCGGGCCUACCAACAUCGCUCCCCUCACACACCCUCGUCCAUGCCUUCUUACCAGACUUCAUCCGCUCCAAGCCUGCCCUCCUCGCCCCUCGGAAAGAAAAUAUUUCAGGCCCCUGCCAGGAGGGCUCCUCUCAGGAAGGCCCCUCACAGGAGGGCUCCACCCAAUUCUCCUCUCCUCCAACCGUGCUCCUCCUCCAGUCCGCAUGGUUGCAGUCUCAGGGUAAGCUCUGGCCAUGCCAGCCGCACACUCUGUGGGUCAAGUGCAAGAGCUCUGCUGCUAUUGGGGAGGCUCUUGGCUUGCAGCUUGCAGGAGCAGGGGGGAACGCAGCAGUGACGCUGGUGGCUCCAGCAGCAGCAGCUGCAGAAGUACCAGCAGCACCAGCAGCAGAAGAACCAGCAGCAGUGGAAACAGGAGUGAAAGCAGCAGCAGGAGUACCAGCAGCAGCAGCAGCAGGAGGAGCAGGGGCGGGAAUACCUUCUCUUAAAGCCGCGUUGAUGGCUUGGGCGGAAGCAGCGCCAAUGAGAGUGCGCCACGUGGCGGCGUCGAUCAACGAGGCGGCGAUGCAACGAGCUCUGGAGAUGGUGCACCCGCAUGCGAGAGAGAGGUACGAGCGAGAGGGGAAGAAAGUGGUGUUUGGGGCGGAUAAGAUAGUGCCAAGUGAUGUUUGGAUCGCAGCUGAUGUAGAGUGGUUGUCUGGGGAGGGAGAGGAGGGAACGGGGGGAGCAACGGAGGGAGGGAAGGGAGUCAAGCAGGGGAUGAAGGAGGGGGAUAAGGAGGAUGAUGAGGAAAGAGGUGCAGAUGGAGGGAGAGGGGUUGUGGUGGUGAGGUCGCCUGUUUUGAUUACUGCUGAUGAGAUUCUUCCCGCAGAGUUGAAGGAGAGGUUUGGGGGAAUGCACUAUGUGAAGGUGAUUACUGUAGCUCGUGCUAUGCAAUGGAUUAUGCUUGAUGCUUUUAGCAUUCGCGGAUCAGCAGGAGGAAUGCACGACGUGCCGCAGUGCACAAUCAUCGCGGCCGACACGUCAAAUAUAUGCUACCCUGCGUGUGCGCGUUGCACGCGCUCGCUGUCGGAGUACACGGUGAGGGGCCAGCAGGUCGCCACGUGGCGCCCGUGGCCGUGCAGCGAGUGCCAGCUGUCAGACCGCUCCGCGAAGCCGCUUGAGACCAUCGAGCGGCAGACACAUCUGUUCAAGCUCAAGCUGCUGCUGGUGCUACCAGGGGAAUCCCACCCAGUGUCCGGUGUGGCGUUUGACAAGGCAGCCCAGCCGCUCAUAGGCUGCACCGGAUGCCAGUGGACCGCCUUUGUUCGCAAAUACCCCCAUGCAGCAUGCGUGCUCUCGGAGCUGCUGUGUGGCAUGGCAUGCCGCGUGCAGAUGAGGGACGCCGUGCGGGGCACUGGCCAGGAGAUAAGGCUCGCUCGCAUCGUCCCACUCCCACUCUCACACACACCACACUCCUCUGCUCUCCCGACGCACUCGCUCCCACACACCACGGGAGCGUCUAGGCUGCCAUUGCCUUUUGCACAGCUUCAGCUGGUGUUUGGGGAGGCCGAGCAGGGUGGAUGGGGGCAGGGUAGCGGGGGACAGGGUGGAAGGGGGCCGCACAUGUGA